AUGGCGCCGCAAUGGGUAGAAGCGACGCGUCGAAUAGCUGAUAUCGCGCAGACAAUUAGAUGGCAAAUGAUGGAGAAGGAAGAAGCGUCCUAUGGGGCAGCCCUGCCUCCCCCAGCCCAGCUCAGUGCCCUUGCUGGACGAAUCAUCACUAACAAGUCGCCAGCCUCCAGCCCUCUGCAGCUGGAAACGCGUGCUGGGUCGGGAAACCGUCAAGUCAAAUUGGCAAAGGCUUCUCAUUUUGAUCUAAUGUCUGGCACUCGGUUAUUUCAUCCGUCAUUACGUCAGCCAUCCAUUCUCUUCGCCGAGGUGAAGAGACACUUCCGCCCUCCUCACCGAGCCAGUCGUCGCUGUCUUCACUUGAGACCUAUUGUAGACUCGGAACGGGAAGAACCUUCCUCAACUUUUACCGCUCACACCCAAAGUCAUCUAGCAGACCGACUCGGUCCGUUUCACCCUAGUGAUGCAUUCCCCGACUCGCUCAAGCACCCACGGCACUUUUCAACGGCCGUCGACUUCCAUUCCUAA